GACUCAGCGACUGUGGAGAGCGGCCGCGCUGCUGCUAUGGACUUUGGCCCCGCCUACUUUUCUAUGCCCGACCAGGGAGUUCAUCUAUCCGUGUACGUGCAUGGACACGUUCGUCGGAACCUAUGUGAUGUGUUCGGGCAUCGAGAGUGACCAGAUGCUCAGGCUGCCCUUCCAGUACCUCAGGGACUACAAUGUCAGUCGCCUGCUGCUCACCAACCUCAACUUCAGCGUGCCGCCGGACCUGUUCUGGGGCCUCAGGGUGGGAACCCUCAAGAUCACCGACUCGAGAUUUAGGGUAGAAGAGGGUGCCCUGGAGGGACGUAGGUCCAGGGUUCAGAGCCUCGAGUUCAUGCGCUCCAACGUGGACACCGGCCUAAGCUUCUUCGGAAAUCUGGAUUUUCUUGAGACUCUAUGUGUGCAGAACAGCUCUGUGAAGCACUUUGGUAGGGACUGGUUGGCCACUCUGGUGAACCUCACGCAUCUGACCGUGGACUCGACGGUAUUCCAAAUCCUUGAUUCCGACGCGCUGUCUGACCUUCCACGACUAGGAACCCUCAUUUGGACUAACAACGAUUUGCGGUACAUCGGUCGGGAGUUUUUGCCCAGGCGUUCCCGUCUGCUCAAAACACUCGAUUUGAGGUGA